UUUCCCAUCAGCAGUCGAGUGCCGAGGCAGCGGAGAGAAAUGUUGUUACAAUCGAUAUUAAUGAAAAUAUUGGCCGUUUUUUUGGUCUGUUGGCUGGGACACGUCACAGCUCAGUCAUCUGCCGAUUAUAUAGAGCUUGAAAUCGGUUCGAGGGGUCAAGGUCCACCGGAAAAGAAGGAAUUUCCCUGGGGCAAUGAUGACCAGGAUCUUGAAGCAACAUUUUAAGUUUCUUACGAUUUUUUAAAAUACUUUACAUUGCAUUCUUUGUUAAAUAUAUUAUAAAAAGAA